CCCACCCGCCCCAAACCCAACAAAAAAAAAAUCCCAAACCCCUCUCAAAAAAAAAAAAAGGCAGGGGACUUGCGGGAAUUUUGUCGAAGCUGUUUGGUAGCCGAGAAAAAAGAGGAAAGAAGAAGGAAAUGAUGGUGGUAAGUAAAGAUCCGGGGAUCAAGCUCUUCGGGAUGGAGAUCCCGUUCCCGGCGGCGGAGGAGAAGGGGAAGCGCGGCGGAGACGGCGAAGAUGAGAAAUCGGCGGAGGAGGGAACUACAACGGACGAGUCCACAGAAUCUUCAGAGCAAGAAUCUCCGGAGAAGAAGAAGAAGAAGAACGACGAGGAGGAGGAGGAUCAUCAAAACAGUUGGCAAGAUUCCAAAUCGAAAGCCGGAGAUGAAGAUGAGAAUUCAAAGGAUCAUCAGGGCGAGAGCAUCGACUCGCAUGAUCAUCAGGAUAGCUCGAAAACUUUGAAGAAGCCAACCAAGAUUCUGCCAUGUCCGAGAUGCAACAGCAUGGACACCAAGUUCUGCUACUACAACAACUACAACAUCAACCAGCCUCGCCAUUUCUGCAAGGCUUGUCAGAGGUACUGGACCGCCGGCGGGACCAUGAGGAACGUUCCGGUCGGGGCCGGGAGACGCAAGAACAAGAACUCCUCUCCUCAUUACCGCCACAUCACCAUCUCCGAGGCUCUUCAGGCCGCAAGAAUCGAUUCCGCUCAUCAUCAUCCUGGUCUGAAAACCAACGGUCGAGUUCUGAGUUUUGGACUGGAAUCUCAACAACAAGCUCCCAUCUGUGAAUCCAUGGCGUCUGUGUUGAAGCUCGGUGACCAGAAGAUUCCGAAUGGGGCAAGAAACGAUUGUCCUAACGGUUAUUUAACAGACGAAUCAAGAGCUCGGAAGAACAGCGGAUUCCCUGAAGUUAACAUGGCGAAGAACAGUAACAUGAAUGGUUUUGCUUGCGUCCCAAGCAUUCCAUGGCCUUACACGUGGAAUCCAUCGAUUCCUCCACCGGGUUUUUUCCCGCCUCCUGGUUUUGCAAUGCCGUUUUACCCUUACUGGAGCAUUCCAAUGCUGUCUCCUCAAUCAUCAUCGUCAUCCAGCCAAAAGGGUUCAAGCUCGUCUGGUCAGAACUCUCCCACGCUCGGCAAACAUUCAAGAGAUAGAACAGACAAUACAGCCGACACGACCGGACGGAGAAACGGAUCUGUCUUUGUUCCAAAAACGUUGAGAAUCGAUGAUCCAGAUGAAGCGGCGAAGAGCUCAAUCUGGAAAACACUGGGAAUCAGGAACGAAGUGAUGAGCAAAGGAGUGUUCAAAGGGUUUGAUCAGAAGGGGAAGAAGACGAAGAACAACGAAGAAACAGGUGAAAUCUCUCCUGUCCUGCUCGCAAAUCCCGCGGCUCUCUCGAGAUCGAUCGAUUUCCAUGAGAGGGUGUGACCCUUUUUCUUCCUGGAUUCUAAUCUCAUGGAUUUUUCUGAAUCUGAUCAGAUCAGUUUUUUUUCCGAUGAUUUACGAAUUUUUGUUUCCCACUUCUAGUUCCUUUGGUGAGUCUGCUUUGUGUUUGUAUACAUGUAUACAUCACCAUAUAGCUGUAUAUAUAUAUAUAUAUAUAUAUAUAUGUGUGUGUAUAGGUUUGGGAGAUAGGUGAAGCUAGGGUUGGAUAAAGCUCUGUCUUUUUUCUUCUUGCUCGUGCCUUUCAGCCUUUGUUUAUAGCUUUUGUAUUAUAUACGCUGAAUUUGAGUUUUCUUUUUUUUUUUCUCUUUA